CAUUACAUACUGCUGCUGCUCCAGCUCUUAGCAACGGUGCCUCAGCAACAGAGCCAAGGCAACAGAGCUCCACGGCAACAGCGUGCCGUGUCUCCCCAAUGGAGCUGCCAUUGGGCGGACCAGCGCUCAGGCACUACACCCAGAGCAGACCGAGACCUCACCGACAAAAACUGAACUAUCGUCCCAGCAGACCCCAGGAGACGAUAAUUGAAAGUGACAAUGAAGUCCUUGAGUUCAUGGGGAGAGUGGAUGAAGGAGUUGAAGAGUUCUUUACCAAGAGAGUACUUCCUACUGAUACACCGAAAAAGCAAGAUGAGGAAUCUAUCACAGUGCAUGAAGUGGCUCCUGCCAGCUCUGUCCCUACUGCACCCCCGACGAAAACACUCAGGAGGAAGCUCGGUGAUUUCUUCACCCUCAAAAAGAGACGAGGUCUGAAAUCAGAACCAAGCCAGGAGGGGCGAACCAAAAAGGCCUCCAUCGCUGAUCUCAUCCGCCCGCUCAGGGAGGUCGCCAGAGCCGAGAAAGACAAAGAUAAGGACCGAGUCAAGGAACACGACAAGGAAAAUGAAAAGGAGAAAGCAAAGGAACAUCCCGGUGCUGUAACUGGAGAGUCAGCUGUUCAGGAGACACCUGGCGCUCCACUGAGGGGUGAAGUGGUGCCUCCCCGCCGAGCUCUCAGAGAAGGGAAGUCCCAGUCUCUCAUUUUGCUGUCUGGAUCAGCGGCAGUGGGGACUACCAAUGCCAGACACACUUCAAAGAAACAACUCGAAGGCCAACAUAGCUUUGAACAGAAACUCCAUCUCAUGCUUCAACGUAUUGGAGUUUCCAAAGCUCAGCCAGGAGAGACACAGAAUCAGGAGGGAGAGAUGAAAAAAGCAGAAUCUGAAGGUACUAUCAUUGACAGCAAACCUGAGCCACCACCUACUUUCUCAAAACCUCGAACGAUGUCUGCGUCAUCAGAUACAAGGCAUCAAAUUCGCCCAAGCGUGUCGUCACACGAGUCAGCUGGGAAACCCGCUUUGCUUCCAAAGCCCGUUCUCAAGCCAGGUCCACCCCCCUCAACAUCUGGCCGCAACACACCUGAGAAUGAGCUCGCCCAAAUACAGGAAGGGGAGACAAACACGCCCACUAAACAGAGUCCAACUGCAGCUCCGUCUACCCCUCCUGCACUCACUACCACCACCACCACCACCACUCCUACUGCACCGACAAUCUCAAACUCAGUCCCUGACAGUUUUACAAGUACUGUACCUCCCUCCGACACAGAUAUAUGCACUGACUCUGUUAACGCCGAUGCAGCAGCUACUACAACACCCACAGAUGUUACAGAGCUCGACAGCAAACCUUCUACCCCUGAAGUUACUGAGCCGCCCACCUCCACCUUUCAGACAACUCUCACAAGCACCACUACACCCACAGAGCCCCCCACCACUGUUUCAGUUACCUCUGCUUCCUCUCAGUCCAUCACUUCAGCAUCCACCUCAACAACAAUAACUACGCCUUCCAUUACCACCUCGGGAACGGUUUCUGCUCCCAGCAAUGAAAGCUCGGUUUCCGCAACAAAUCUGUCAACUAAACCGACUUUCCCAGAGCUAAAUGGUGUUCUCCCAGUUGAUGCUACUCCCGCUGCUGCUGCUGGUGGUGAUGCAGCUAUUUCUGUCACCACCACAGCUUCUUCACCAUCAGAUAUGCCACCAGCCAGUUCAGCUACUGAAGCUUGUAAUGAUCCCACUCGAGUCACCUCUUCUAGCUCUGUAACUUUAGUUUCAUCAGUCACUGAAACAACAUCUCCACCUCUUAACUCAAUUGAUGCAGUUUCACCUGUCGCCUCCAUAACCUCUCCCUCCACCCUGAUCUCUUCUGCCCUUCCUCCCACCAUCUCCACCUCUUCCACCACCACCACCACCACUACGAGCCCAACAUCCACCAACUGCAUGAUCUCUACUUCCACCAUUACUCAUCCAGCCACCCCUAGCCCUGCUGAUAUCUCCCUUCCCUCCACUUCUUCCAGUGAAACAAACCCCACAGACACCACUUCCACCGCCACCAGUUUAAACCGUGCAGAUACCACUUCCACCGCCAGUUCAGCUACCGCAGCUGCAAUUUGCUCCCCGCUCCUGACUGACACAGACCCACCUUACACUAACGACAUCAGCGCUACCCUCACGCCAACUAUUGAUAACUCAAGUGCUACUUCUCCCCAUAUGACCAGUCCGGCCCUCUCUAAUGAUAGUCCUGGCCAAGAUAAUGAUCUGCAGACAUCUCCUGAAGAAAUAUCCAGUGCAGGGCCUGCAGAAGAGGUAGAUGAGGAGCUUCAAAAGAGCAAGCAAACUGAGACGAAUGAGAGCGAGAAAGCUGUUGAUGAUGGGAAGGUGAGCGAGAAUGAAAAUGAGAAACCAGCUCUCACUUCUAACAGCGAAGUGAUAACGAAAGACGUGCAGGAAGAAAGUGUGAAACCUGAAGAAGACACAAUGAAAUCAGAAGAGGGAGCGGCUGAAGCUUCAUCAGGAAGAGAUGAUGAGCUGUGCAGCGACAAGGGGGAGCUAGGAGGUCAAAAACAAGAAGAGGGGGAGAAGUAA